CUACUGAACGAGAUUGAGAGCAAAAUGAUCACCUUACUGCAGCGGAUAAGCGAAUUACCCGAAGAUGCAGUCAAGGCAGCUCUACACGCAAAGGAGAGGAAGCACAGGCUGGACGUGAAAGAACGACGAAGGCAGGAACAGCAAAAGCAUCAGGAAGAACGGUUACGAAAAACACUCGAACGAGCUCAAGCUGAACCGAAGAUGAUGCACGGAAGAAAGAUUGUGGCUCGUUCAGAACCCCCGAAGAUGAGCAAAGACGAUUCCAAAGAUUUGGAAGCCCUCGCAAAAGAAGAGGAAGAAAUGCGAGUUCUGUUCGGCUAGAUAGGAAUCUGUGCUUAUGUGUGACCGGCAACCAUCCAAUGUCCACAUUUUCGUUCAUGUUCAUUUUCAGUAACUAGAGAUCCAGAUCACGAUUUUUGUAAGACACUCAACUUCGCGUGUUUUCCCCUUAUCAUACUUGAAU